UCUGAAAAUUUCAUCAGUCAACUUUGACCACGGAACCACGUGAUCUAGAAACCCAGCAAUGACCUCUCCUGUUAGCUAGCGGUGGAAAAACCCGGAGAACUUUAAUGCUGACAUUUCCACACUGGACGUGUCCAACACAAUGGGUCAGACCAAGCAAGACGAGGAAUAUGGAUAUGACCUCUUCCCGGAGAGAAGCGCGAGGAAGCCCACGCAGAUCACAAUCAGAGACAGCCUGUUCACAUUCAGAAACAAGUGUCAGGUCAUGUUAAUGUUCGCCAUGGAAACUAGUCCAUAUGCCAAACUCCUCCUCAGUGCCAUGAAGAACUCCGGCUGCAAAGUGUUUAAAGACAGACAUUUCUCCUGCGAGGACUGCGACGGGACGGUCAGCGGUGGCUUUGAUGCUGCCUCCUCUCAGAUUGUUUUGUGUCAGAACAACAUCCACCAGCAGGCUCACAUGAACCGAGUGGUCACCCAUGAGCUCAUCCAUGCGUUCGACCACUGCCGGGCCCACGUGGACUGGUUCAACAACUUCAGACAUCUAGCUUGUUCUGAGAUUCGAGCAGCGAACCUCAGUGGGGAUUGCUCCUUCAGCAAUGAAGUUUCCAGAUUCAACUUUGGCCUAAAGGAACAUCACCAGCAGUGUGUCCGGGGUCGUGCUGUACGCUCCAUCCUGGCUGUGCGAAAAGUCAGCCUAGAGGAGGCGCAAAAGAUUGUCGACGAGGUCUUCGACUCGUGCUUCAACGAUCACGCCCCUUUCGGACGGAUCCCACACGGCAAUAAGGACGCCAAGUUCGCCUACAGGGAAUACGUGAACAGGGAUCGGUACUACAUGAACCUUUAGUGUUUGGCGUAUUGGUAUCGGGGCUCGGGCGACAUUGCAGAUGAAUGACUGGCGGCGUCACGAGCUGCGGUGUGGACAGAAGUAAAUGACUGAAACAAUCAGAGAGGGGCGUAGUACUGUGCAUCAGCCCGGACCUCGAGGUCAUGUGGGGAAAGGGCUGGAGAUUAUUUUAUCUUUUUGGACAAUGAUUUAAAGCGAGAGCAACAAUGCAUUUCAUUUUCUUCCUCUUGGACUCUGCUGCUGUGUUAAGAGAUUGUACCAACUGAAUUUACACUUGGGAUUGAAAAUUAAAUGAGGUGGAACCAGA